AUGGGCGGUCUCACAUACGGCCUCUAUGGCGCAUCCACUGCCCUGACUAUAUGCUCUUCAAUGGAGAGGGUGAAGCUUUCAACGUAUGCCAACAACCCAACACGCACCGCUCUUGAUCACGCCAUCUCGCCCCACGCAUGGGCUAGCACCGGUAUCGCCCUCUGCAUCGGUCUCUCGGUCGUCGGAGCUGCAUGGGGUAUCUUCAUCACUGGUGCCUCGAUUUUAGGAGGUGGUGUCAAGGCUCCUAGGAUACGAACCAAGAACUUGAUCUCCAUCAUUUUCUGCGAAGUCGUCGCCAUCUACGGUGUCAUCAUGUCUAUUGUCUUCUCGGCAAAGAUGGCCUCGGUCGGUCCUGACGCUGCAAGAUCUGGUAGCAACUACUACACUGGUUUCGCCUUGUUCUGGUCUGGGCUCCUCGUCGGUGCUUGCAACUUGGUCUGCGGUGUUUCUGUUGGCAUCAACGGCAGUAGUGCUGCCCUUGCCGAUGCUGCUGACCCCAGCCUGUACAUUCUCGUCAUUGAGAUUUUCAGUUCCGUCCUCGGACUUUUCGGUCUCAUCAUCGGUCUUCUACUCUCUGGUCCUGCUGCCGACUUUGCCUAA